AAAGGAAAUUGCGUAUCCUUAUUCAGGUCCGCGAGAAUAGUGUGUAAGAGAAUAUCAACGCUAUUUUUCCCUCGAAUUUAUUAUUUUCAUUAAUAAUUUGUUCAAAUUGCAAUUUGCGGGGUGCAAGCAAGCCAGGAGGUGAGCGUGACCUGAGCCUCACAAAAAACUCACAAAACGUAAGAAGAGAAACAUGCUUCUACUAAGCUCUCCAAGCGGAGCUUUGUCCGCUAGAAAAUGUUCCCUCAAAUUUAGGGCUCCAAUUCAACCUCUCUGUUCUAAUUCCGCUUCUAGUCGAAGACCCAAACUCAUUCCGACCAGAAAUUCUCCCAAACGCCUUCACCUCACUCUCGCCAAGGCUGAGGGAGGCCGAGACUCUGCCUCCGCUCCCAAACAAUCUCCCCCUCCGCCGCCUUCUUUCAACAAUAACGACACCGUUUUUGUGGGUCAAGAAGAUGUCCCUUUGGAAGGCGUUAUCCAGUUUGAAAAACCCAGCUCCUCUUCUCGUCUUAUCAAAUGGGGUCGAGUGGCUUUGCUAGCUGGUGGCGAUGUAUUAGUUUUGCUUUUAUUUUCUGCAAUUGGAAGAUACAAUCAUGGCCUCCCUAUAUUUGCAAUGGAUACUCUACGUACAGCUGACCCUUUUAUGGCUGGAUGGUUUUUGAGUGCAUACUUCCUUGGUGGCUAUGGUGAGGAUGGUCGAGGAGCCAAUGGUCUAUCCCAAGCCGUUAUUGCUGCUGCCAAAUCUUGGGCUUUGGGAAUUCCUUUGGGGCUGAUUAUACGAGCUGCAACAUCAGGACAUAUUCCACCAUAUCCCUUUGUCUUAGUAACAAUGGGAAGCACUUCUGUGUUGCUUAUUGGGUGGAGAACACUACUGAUAAGCAUUUUCCCCGAUGAAACAAAGAAGAAGAAUGAUGUAUACAGACGUGGCAGUCCGUUUGAACUAUUUGAGUUGCUUACAUCAUUGAUACGAAGAUGGUAACAUUGACAACGCAACAUCUGCCAUGAGGUUGCUUCCUGGAGACAUCAAUUUUCGCAAAUUUUAUGUAUACCUUGUACAAAUCUGCUAUAGUUAUAACAGAUUAGCGAAAUCUCUUAUUAGUUUUUGAUCUCCAAACUUCUAGGUUGUAGCAUGGUGAUACAUUCCUCUGAAUAUUUUAUUUGUGGUAAUUAGCAUUAAAUGUGUAAUGAUUGUUUCUCUUAAGGAGGGUGUGCUAGCUCUUUCUGUAACUGCUACCAUGCACUUUCAUUUUUA